AUGUCGGAACAAGCGGAGGUGCGGCCUGAUGCACUGCCAGAUUUAGAUGACCUACUUCAGUGCCCUGUCUGUUAUGAAAUUCCUUCAGGUCAAAUAUUUCAAUGCAAUGAAGGACACCAUGUUUGUGGACGCUGUAAAAUGCGUCUUGAUGUGUGCCCAGUCUGUAGAGCUCUAUUUUUUGGAACUCGAAACUAUGCUAUGGAGGAAUUGAUUGCAAAUGUUAAAAAAUUACGAGCUUUUAAACUAGGUGGCAAAGUAACUACAAAUACUGUUCCUGAGAACACUACACCAGCUAAAGAAAAACCACCAGAAGUAGUUGAGACUGAAAGUGCUGGAGAUGAUGAAAGUGAAGUUCAGUCUAAUCAGUCUACAGCUAGAGCCCCUCAAGCAUGUAAGGGCCUGUUUCGUUGUUUGUCCUGUAAAACUGGCAACGGAAUAAGGCUUCCAUCAGCUCGAUUACUCAAUCAUCUACGUUAUUUUCACUCUCCUGAACUCAUAGAGGGUAAAUCUGAAAAUGGCGAAUAUGUGCAAGCCUGGCAGUUCUCUGCUGUACCGGGAAGAAUUGUUACUGCAGUCAGAGUAUCAGAUAUGGGCAUAUUUUUUCUAGUAAUUGAAAUAAGUAAUGACAGUGUAUGUGCAUGGCUAUCUAUGGCAGCAUCCCCUUGGGUGGCUCAUGAGUUUAGCUACACAGUUACUAUUUCAGGGAAUGAUCGAGAAGCAAUAUUUUCUGACUGUGUGUGGUCUGUAAGAUCGUGUGAAGGCUCUCUCAAGAAACGCGGACAUUGUUUGAUAGUGAAUGGUUUAGAUGCAAGAGCGCUCAUUGCGCCAGUAUCGAUUUGUGGUAAAUUGUCAGUGCGCCGAACACCACCAGAUCAACUUGCCAAUCAAACACAACCGCGCGCCGUUUUGCGAGUCGCCAACCGUAUUAACAAUCGUAACAAUCAAAACUCUCACCAUGCGGCUCAUGAAUUAGAACCCUUCCUUCAAGAUCUACAGAAUGAUGUGGCCAGACUCUCCCGAGCAUUUGCUACGCUUGGAUUUGAAGCUGACGCAUUAGUGCGCUCCGAAGCUGAAAUGCGAGCCAGAAUAGAAAACCGAAACAAUUCAGGUGCUAGUGAGCGUACGGGCACUUCUGCUGAAGUAGAAACCCCGCCCACAAUUCAAAACAAUCAAGGUAAUACCACUGAAAACGUUACAAUUUCGCGUAAUGCGCGUAGACGUAUGCGACAACGUCUACGAGCUGCUCUCAAUGAGGAAGAACCUCCGACGGUGCCAACACCACCUGUUCCAGCGCCAAGGGCCACCACCCAGCGUGGUCACAACCUACAAAGGCAGAACGGUCCGACAACUAACAUUGUGAAUCAUGCUGAGGCCGCUCCGCCAGUUCCACCACCUCCCAUCCCUCCGCCGUCCUCGUCGAGCGGGCCCUCGAAUGAAUUGCCUCAAAAUGGGAAUGGACGAGUGAACAAGAAGAAGCGACGUCAUCGUAGAUAA